AUGCGAGUGUUACAGCGCGACGAUGCAGGUAACUACAGCCUUACUCCCGACCUCGCUCCCGACGAAGUUCCCGCAUACGCGAUCCUGUCCCACACCUGGGGGCCCGACGAGGUAGUCUUUGACGACCUCGCGAAGAUACCCGACGACUGGCAGCAGAAAAAGGGUUAUGAGAAGAUCAAGUUCUGUGCUGAGCAAGCGAGGCGAGAUGGGCUGCGAUACUUCUGGGUCGACACUUGCUGUAUCGACAAAUCGGACAGCAUCAAGCUUCAGACUGCGAUCAACAGCAUGUUCCGGUGGUACCGCGAUGCGGAACGAUGUUACGUCUACUUGAGUGAUGUCUCCAGCGCUGGGCAUUCCGAUCAACAGCAACCAGUCACGCCAUGGGAGGAUGCGUUUCGAGAUAGUCGAUGGUUCCGACGUGGGUGGACGCUGCAAGAACUGAUCGCCCCAACAACAGUCGAUUUCUAUUCAAAGGAAGGGGUUUCGUUAGGAGACAAAGAAUCACUGGAGCCCUUUAUACGCGACGUUACAGGAAUUCCUACGAGCGCGCUCCGUGGUACGCCCUUGUCCAACUUUACUAUCGCAGAACGAGAAGCAUGGGUGCGCGGCCGCGAAACAACAGUUGAGGAGGACAUGGUGUAUUCACUGCUUGGGAUGUUUGACGUUCACAUGCCACUCAUCUAUGGCGAAGGUCGAGAGAAGGCACAAGAACGGCUACGAAGGAAGGUCCAGAAAGCGGUCAAGGGAACCCGUGCAAACGAUUUCUCUGUAUCCUUUAGCCUGUCUGAGGUUCCCGAAACUCAACAUUUCGUCGCACGAGAGAGCGAAAUUGCGAAGAUGCGCAGAACACUAGAUUCAGACGGCAGCCGCCGCGUCGUUGUUCUCCACGGUCUCGGUGGGAUUGGCAAGACACAGCUUGCCGUAGCAUAUACGAAGAGGUACCGAGACGAAUACUCUGCGGUGUUUUGGCUUAAUAUCAAAGACGGGGCGUCGAUUCAACAGAGCUUCACCAAAGUAGCGAGGCAGAUUCUGCAACAACACCCUGAUGCUAGCUACCUAAGUGCACUUAAUCUACAACAAGACCACGGGGAGGUGAUCGAAGCGGUUAAGGCAUGGCUCAGCCUGCCGGGUAACACUAGGUGGCUUAUAGUUUACGACAAUUACGAUAAUCCGAGUUUGGCCAACCACGCCAAUAACAUAGGGGUCGAUAUUCAUUGUUUUCUUCCCAUAUCGUACCAAGGCUCGAUCGUAAUCACGACGCGGUUAUCACAAGUCGAUAUAGGUUAUCGUAUUCGAAUUCAAAAGCUUGAAUCAAUGGAUGACUGUCUCAGAAUCUUGUCCACGAUGUCGGGCCGAGACGUUUUGCACGAUGACACGGAUACUAGACGUCUUGUGGAGGAGCUUGACGGGCUUCCGCUUGCUCUUGCCACAGCUGGAGCAUACCUUAGGCAUGUUCCGAUUAGCCCCAGUGAUUAUCUUCGCCUAUAUAAGAGGUCGUGGGCGAGGCUUCACUCAAGCACUCCAAGCCUAGGAUCAUAUCAAGACCGCACACUCUCCUCUACGUGGCGGGUCUCAUACGAUCAAGUGCUGGAACAAAAUCCACUGGCUGCCCGUAUACUUCAAUGGUGGGCUUAUUUUGACAACGAGGACGUGUGGUUCGAACUCCUCCAGUCGUACGGAGACGACGUCCCAUCGUGGAUGUAUAAGCUAAAUGAUGAGCUAAACUUCAAUGGCGCAAUGGGCAUACUACAUGACUACGGCUUUGUCGAGCCACAUAGUCUUAGUAUAGACGUGAUCGAGUUAAGGGGAUACAGUAUUCACGCAUGUUUGCACUCUUGGACAACUCACAUUCUGAAUCAGCAUUGGGAUGACUGUCUUAGUAAACUAGCGAUAGAGUGCAUAGCCUCACGUGUUCCAUCCCAGGAAGACGCUCAAUUCUGGCUACUUCAAAGACGACUACUAGCACAUGCCAUAAAGUCUUGCGCCAUAAUGCAAGAUAGCGGUGAGGGCUUAGAAUGGGCUUUCGGUACCCUAGGUCUCCUUUUCUCCGACCAAGGCAAGAUGGAAGAGGCUGAGGAGAUGUACUUGCGGGCGCUUCGAGGGUACGAGAAGGCGUGGGGACCGGAUCACACGUCGACACUCGACAUAGUCAACAACCUAGGUGCACUUUACUCCGACCAAGGCAAGAUGCAAGAGGCGGAGGAGAUGUACUUGCGGGCGCUUCGAGGGAAGGAAAAGGCGUGGGGACCGGAUCACACGUCGACACUCGACACGGUCAACAACCUAGGUGCACUUUACAAAGCCCAAGGCAAGAUGCAAGAGGCGGAGGAGAUGUACUUGCGGGCGCUUCGAGGGUACGAGAAGGCGUGGGGACCGGAUCACACGUCGACACUCGACAUAGUCAACAACCUAGGUCUCCUUUACAAAGCCCAAGGCAAGAUGCAAGAGGCGGAGGAGAUGUACUUGCGGGCGCUUCGAGGGAAGGAGAAGGCGUGGGGACCGGAUCACACGUCGACACUCGACACGGUCAACAACCUAGGUGCACUUUACUCCGACCAAGGCAAGAUGCAAGAGGCGGAGGAGAUGUACUUGCGGGCGCUUCGAGGGUACGAGAAGGCGUGGGGACCGGAUCACACGUCGACACUCAACACAGUCAACAACCUAGGUAUCCUUUUCUCCGACCAAGGCAAGAUGCAAGAGGCGGAGGAGAUGUACUUGCGGGCGCUUCGAGGGAAGGAGAAGGCGUGGGGACCGGAUCAUACGUCGACACUCGACACGGUUAACAACCUAGGUGUCUUUUACAAAGCCCAAGGCAAGAUACAAGAGGCGGAGGAGAUGUACUUACGGGCGCUUCGAGGGUACGAGAAGGCUAUAGGGCCCCAACAUAUCGCGAGAUAUCGGCCAGCAAUCAAUACAAUGUGGGGCUUUGGGGCCUUAUUAGGGAAACAGGGUAGACCAGUCGAGGCGAGGACAUAUUAUCAACGCGCUUACGACAAUCUCAAGGCACUCCUAGGAUCCCAACAUCACGACGUUCAAUCACUGCAUAAAAUUAUACUAGACCUAAACCAGAACAUUAUUGGUAAGUUAAUGUCUAGAAGCUAG